GCAGAGGGACCGAGCUUGGACGUUGGAGCUGUGCAACUGCUACUCCAUCAUGAGGUAGUGGACGAUUGGUCGGAGGAGAGUUUUAACUAUGUUUUGUGUUUUAAACCAAGUAUCAUAAACAUGUAUUAUGUUGGAUUUGAUUGCAUCGAACUUGAUCGAUUGAGUUAUUAUGAUUUAUGGAUUGUACCAAAGUAUGUAAGAUGGAGAUUUGAG